AAACAAGAUCCAUUCGGUAUUUACGUCGGGUUCGGAUCGGUUCGGAUUCAUUUUUAUCGGAUCGGAUUCGGUUCGGAUUAUCGGGUUCGGUUUAUUUGCCCAGCCCUAAUUUAUUGACUUUGAUUAAUCUUAAAAAAUCAACUAUCUUUCCAUUUUUUUUUAAAUCCAUAUCUUUUCGGUUUUUUUUUCCGAACAAUGUUUUAACUCUUCUUUUAACUUUUAACUAGAUUUUGAUCCGUCCAUGCAUUUUUUUAUCAUUUUAUAAAUGUAUUUGAUAUCAUUACAAAUAUUAUGAAUAUAUAAUUUUUAUUUUAAUAUUAUAUAUUAUGUAACUCUGUUAUAUUAUUGUUUAUAUUUCUUAUUUGACAUUAUUAAUAUAUAGUGAUUUGCUUAAUGCAUUUUACUUUGUUAUUAAUUUUAUUACUUACGAAUAUAUUUCGAGUUAGGUACAGUACAAAAAUAAUCUGAAAUAAUCAAAUAGAAAACCUCUUUCAAAGUAUGUUUUUUCUUAGAUUUAUACAUUUUCAUAUAAUGGAUUUUUAAACUUUAUUUAUUUAUAUUAUAAAAGAUAUAUAUGUUUCAGAUAAUUUAUAUUUACAUGAGUGUUUAAAAAAAUAUAUUCUAACCUAUAUCAUUUUAGUAUUUUAUGGGAUUUAUAAGUUCAAAACAAAUUUCUUAAAUAAUAUAGUCCUAUUAUUUUAAUAAAUUUUAUAUAUAGUAGCAUCUAUCAUAUUAUUUUAAUAAAUUUUAUUGAUAUAUGAUAUUUUUUUGAUGUUAUGUUAUUAAGUUUUAUUUUUUAGUCGAGAUUUAAAAAUAUUAUAUUACUUUAAUUUUUACAAAAUAUAUAGUUUAUUUUUUCGCCGUGCAUUUCAAAAAGUUAUUCUUUAUUAUCUAUGGUUUUAUAUUUUGUAAAAUUUGAAGACUAUUUUUGAGUUUGGAAGAUUAAAAAACUAUUUUUUAGUUUGGAAGAUUACAAAACUAUUUUUGAGUUUGAAAAUUACAUGAAUUUUGACUUCGAUUUUGUUACUAUAUUAAUACAUUAUUUUAUACAAAAUAUUGAAUUUUGGUAAUAUUUUCUAAACUUUUCUUAGCAGAAUUUGUUAUAAUUAUAAUAAAAAUAAAUUUAUAAUUAAAGUAUGAUUUGUGAUUAACAUUUAAAUGAAUUACUAACAUUUCAUAGUUUUUAAUAACAUAUUUUUAAAAUAGUACAUGAACUAAAUCUUAUUAUAUACAAUUAUAUUUUUUUUAUAUAAAAAUUUUUAAACAAUGCAUUGUUUAAGUUUCAAAAUAAAUAAAAAGCAAAUAUAUAGUUGUAGAAAUACAAGUUUAACCUAUGUUAAUAAAUUCAUUGCUUUGCAAAAAUAUUAAAUAGCUUACGAAUUUUAACUCAUUUUAAUGAUGAAAUAUAAUUUAUUUAAAUGAAACAAAUAAUUUUUUUUAUUAAUUUACCUAUUUAAUAUAAUGUUUUCAUAUUUAAUUCAUAAAUCACUUCUAUCUUUUUUUAUCAUUAGUCACUUCUAUUUUAUAUAGUACAAAAUAUAAUUACAAAAUUUAUAAAAAGUAGUAUAAAAUUUUUAUUUUCUUGUUUUAGAAUAAAAGUUUAAUUAAAAUUAAUUUAUAAUAAUAUUGUAUUACUAAUUACGAAAUUAAUUAAUGUAUUAUUUUAUACAAAUAUUUAAAAUUUUAAUAAAAUUUUGUCAGAUUCUUUCUCAACAUAUUUUGUUAUAAUUAAAAAAAAUUGUAGUUAGUUUAUUAUUAAUGUAAAUAAUCAAUAUGUCAUAUUAAUUAAUUCUAAAAAUAUAACCAUAAAUUAAUAGAUUAUACUAGAUUACAAUCUGUGUUCAACUAACAUCCCUAUUGCAUAACAAUCCAACCCAUAAAAGGUUUUAAAGAAUCAAAUCCAGUAAUAAUUAAAUCUCCCAUUUUUCAAAAAAAUAUAAAAUAAUUAAAUCUCCCAAAACCAAAACAUGAAAAACACCACACAUGCAUACAGGUAACGAUGCACUCGUUUUUUAGUCUUGUAUUAACACUAAAAUCACCAGCCCAACAUUCCGACCCUUAGGUGAAGACCAUAAAAAUCUUGUGGGUUCAUAUAUGUCUGACCCUAGCGAAACGAAUCAACGAUGUACGUUUUCUUUCAACUCUUGUCAUCGAUUUAGUUGUUAUCUGAUGAUAUUUUCGUUUUGAUGACUAAAUAUAAGAAUAGAUUAGUUUACAAAAAAAAAAAAAAUAUAUAUAAGAAUAGAUUGAUUACAUAUGUUCUUUUAUAAGGUUCUUUUUUUUUAUUAUAUAUAAUAACAUAUCAGCAAAUGUGUUUAACUAAAAGUACAAAAGAUUUUUUUCCUAUAGAGAUAAAGAUUACCUCCACAUGUUUUCCUAUAAAUACCAAACUAAUAACUAUUAUGCAAGAUUUGUUUACAUAUUAGUAAUUAUUAUGUUUGGACUGGAAAGAUUCCGAAUGAUAUGAUGCCUAUAUUAGCACUUAAAAUUUUACUUUCCAUUUAAAUUUUAUUUAUAAGAUUAUGAAUAUUUGCACACGGAUUUAAAUAAAACAUCAAAUCGGUAGAGUUUCAAAAAAUUGAUUAGGUUGUAAACCAUAAAAACUAAUCAAAUUACAUACUAACUAAACUGAAAUUAAAUUUGCACCCAAAACCAAACUUUUAAAGAGUUUGAGAUAAUAAAAUUGGAUCUGUUUAACCAAUAAAAAAAUUGGGUAUAAUAAUUAAAUGGGCCAAGAAUGAUUUUUCUUAUGUUUCUCCAUUUCUCCAGAUUAUAAAACAUUAAAAUCCCUAAAAAAGGCGCAAAGGUACACAAAAGUGGCUGUGAAAAGAAUAAACAAAAAAAUUUACAGAACACCUCAUGACUCAAAGAUACUAUAACAACAAGAUGAACAAUGAAGAUCGUUGUGAAGUUUUAGAAAACUCAACUGAAGAAGCAACAACAUAUGUGGAACCCAUGUCUCCUCUCUCUAGUGGAGACAGUGGAUUCACUGCACUCUCUCCACUCUGUGACCGCUACAACAAUCAGAUGAAGAUUGAUUCUCCUACUACUUGUUCAGAUGAAGAAAUCAUUGAGUCUUUGUAUCAAAACCUCUUUAGCAUCGUUCUCUGUCUUCAACUAGAGGAGUCUGGUAAUGAUGGUUCCAACACACACCUCUCUCCGCCUUGUCCUGGAGCUCCAAUGAAGCUUACAAGGUUUUCAAGAAACAUGGAUCCAGGAUUCCAAAGAAAGCUCUUCUCUAACAUAGGAGUUAACUUUUAGUCUUGUUAUGUUGCACAAAGAUCUUGUGGUAAUUUGUAUACUAUUUGUACUAAGUUGGAUUGUUUA